AUGUCGUCAGAGCAAGUGGCAGAGAAAGCGGAGAAGGCAGAGAAGGUCAAUACGCGCACUUCCAGUUCGAUUCAGGAGGGAAAUAUCCUUAUCCAGACACAAAAGCCAUUCACCACUCUAUCGGCUAUCGGAAUCGGAUAUGGGGUCACCAACACAGCUGUUGGCCUUCUUCUUGUCCUAGGUACAGGCAUACCCAUGGGCGGCUCGCCUGUGGUCUUUUGGGGCUUCAUUGCAAUGGCAGCAGUCGGUCUGGCUACCGCAACAACCCUUUCUGAAUUGAUUUCCGCGAUACCCCAUCCAGGUGGACAGUAUAUAUGGGUACAUAAAGUUGCCCCAGAGAGAUAUCGACGAGGUCUAUCUUAUUCUACCGCAAUGAUUAGCUGGAUUGCCGCUAUUGCCAUUGGUGCCUCUGGUAACCUCGCGGUGCCCCUGAAUGCCUUUACAAUCGUUACCCUCCUUCAUCCCAACUUCGUAUACCAGCGAUGGAUGGGAUUCGUGGCUUUUCAGCUCAUCAAUAUUGUUACGUGUCUCGGUGCCUUCUUCGAAAACUUAUUGCCAAAAAUGUCAAACGCAUUAUUGCUCCUUAACGUCCUCUCUGUUGGUGCUAUUAUCAUCACUCUAUUCGCCACAUCCAAAACCCGCACGAGCGCUGGUGAUUUUUUCAAGAUUGUCAAUACUUCAGGAUGGCCGGACGGUGUGGCAUUCCUCAUUGGUUUAAACGGGUCGAAUUGGUGUUUCUCUUGCCUCGAUGUUGCUACGCACUUGGCCGAAGAAAUCCCCUCCCCGAGCACGAAUAUCCCAAAAGCUUUGAUUUGGACUAUAGUUAUUGCAUUCAGCAGCGGUUUAUUGAUGAUUUUGGCUGUUCUUGUCAACAUUGGCCCUAUUGAUACGACUGACUAUUCAGGGCUCUCUGUUUUAUAUCACAUUACUGGCAGUAAAGCUGCUGCCAUUGGCCUUUGGGUUCCUGUCCUUUUUCUUGUUUUUGCGUCCGUAUGGUCUAUCCAAACAUGGCAGUCUCGUCUUGCUUGGUCAAUUAGCAGAGAGUCUGGAUUUCCUUUACAUCGUCAUUUUAGCAAGCUCUUCCCAGCGCCUUUCUAUACCCCAAUCUGGUCUCUCGUUGGAUCAGCCGUCGGCACAGCCUUAUUUGGUUGUCUUUAUCUUGCUUCCGAACUGGCCUUCAAUUCACUUAUCGCAACUGGCAUUUUACUGCAAUAUACCAGCUAUAGUAUUCCUACUAUAUUGGUUCUUUGGCAGGGCAGAUCUAACUUUCAGCAUGGGCCAUUUUGGUAUCCCAAAUUAGGUUUUCUUGCCAACAUUAUUAUGCUUGCAUGGACUCUAGUGGCUCUUAUAUUCUAUUGUUUCCCUGCGCACUCAGAAGUCAUUCCAAGCCAGAUGAAUUAUGUUUCAGGAGUCCUUGUGUUGAUUGCUAUUUUCAUUGCCUCGCUUUGGUUUUUGUAUGCGAGGAAGCAUUAUAGGGCCCAGUGGGAAUACGUUAUCUAG